AUGGCCACCGAGGACACCUACCGCUCAUUGGCCUCUAAAUUCCCCGACAUGCGCUAUCAAGUUGGCCGUGCAUGUGCUGCAGCAGGUUACGACGCCCUUUAUCGUGAGCUCAAUCUCCUGCCUGAAGUGUCCAUCGCUGAAGAGGCGCGAGAAAGCGAGACAGAUGGCGGGAAACUCAUCUAUGACGAGAUCAUGAGUUUCAAGUAUCGCUAUGCCAUCGUGGACGAUUGCAAACGCACCAUCAAACUGAUGGACUAUGAAUGCCCGGCGUAUCUGAACGGCAACACCGAAGUGCGAUGGCGCUUGACAGCUCGACAAGGCAUUACACGCCGGUUCAACGACGACUUCCUUCCAUGCAUCGAAGAGGACAUACAUCUGGGCCUCGAGGACCAGCAAGUAGAUGAAAGGCAUGGAACGCUGACCGACGACGAGGCGAAGCUGCUCUAUAGUCCUCUGCCUGGGGAUCUGCCGACGGUAAAGAAGACUUUGUUGACACAGAUGGCCGCCCACGACGGCAACAUCGAACGCUAUGCCCAGCUCGCCAACUCUGGAAGAACUUUGACUCAACUAGACCAAGACUGUGUCAUCCGUGGUGUCUUGCAUCACACUAUGUAUGCUCGUUGGUGGGCUGACCAGAUCAAGAACGACACCAUCUAUGCAAGGUCUUCCCCAUACAUGUGGGAUAUUCAGCGAGCCAUAAUGGCACGCCGGAUCAUGCUCAACGACGCCUCCACGUUUGAAGACGGCUGGCCACCCGGAGUCCCGAUGCCCUACAUCAUCUGGUGGCCCCUGCAGCCGCAGUCAGAUAUGCUUAGCCUUCUUGCCAUGAAGGUACCUGAGAUGAAGAGGCAAUGCGCGGGGGCAGCAAUCAUCUGCGAUUACGAGAAUGUCUAUAAAGGCCUUGAUCCGGAGCCGAGCUGGCACCUAUGGAAGGUCGCCAGUGAGUUCGCUGCCAACUCGUUUUACCGUGAGGAUCAGGAGAGGCGAGGGAGGGAGAAGGAUAUUGAUGUGGAGGAUGACGCUUUUAUGGAAUCAUACUACAGUGAAUUAAUGCAGACGAGGGAGAUUACGGUACUUGAAGAAGGCGGCGAAAAGAUUACCGACAGUGUCGAGAAACACAAGUUACGAACUAACAUGUAUGGCUCCGUGGAAGUACUUAGUACGAGCGCCGGCCAGCUCAGGAUCUGGGAAGGCAUUGGAAAAGUAUCGCCAGUAUCUUGA